UUGGCUCUUCGUUGAAUGACUGGCUGUACUAUAAUAUGUCCGUCUUUUGUUUACAGAUAAGUGCUGAACUGUUGUUGCGUUUACGUGAGCGUACGAGGGUUUUUUUGACUGAUUGUGCAUGAACGGUAACUGUACGGAAAGCAUCUCGAUUAACAAACAGCACGUGAAGGCAACUGUGGUAAACACUUUGUUGCGCAUGCGUACUGUGUGAACCAGGAAGUAGGUGAGCGAAAUAAUCUGUUAUGGAAAAGGGUAUUUGGCGUUCAUGUGCUCUUAAAUUGACAAUAUUCUAUUGAGAAUGGAUUCUUGACAAUUUAUACGGAGUGUAAUAUUCUAUGAGUGGAUUGUAAGAGGUAAGUAGUGCGCGACAAUGAUGUCCGAAUGCGACGCGACAGAGACCGGCGAAGCCGCGUUGGACACCGAGACAACUUCGGUUUCUCCACCGGAGUCCAAGUUCUCCACCGUACGUCGUCCCAUAGUGUUAUUUGACAAGAGCACAGUGGGCUCGGGGCUUCAGGCUAACCCCGGUGUUGCCGUUCGAAUUUCGGACUCGUGUGAAAGCGUCUUGACCGAGCUUGAGGCGGAAGGCUCCGGUGAAGACGCAUUGCUGUUGCCGUGCUUUACUGGAAGCUCGUCCCCGCUGAGAAGUGCUCGAGACAAGGACUGGCGGAAGAGAGAGAGCUCGUCGUCGGAUAAAGAUACUUUAGCCUCGCCAGGUGUCAACAGUGGGGACUUCAACCUUUUCCCAGAUGAUCCUGAGUUUGCAGAUAUUAUGCAAAGGGCAGAACAAGCAAUUGAGGGUGGGGUCUGUCCAGAGAGGAUUUCUCAGGGCUCCAGUGGUAGUUACUUUGUCAAAGACCCAAAAGGGAAAGUCAUCGGUGUUUUCAAACCAAAGUCAGAGGAACCCUAUGGUCACCUGAAUCCCAAAUGGACCAAAUAUUUUCACAAACUCUGCUGUCCAUGUUGUUUUGGGCGAGGCUGCUUGUUGCCUAACCAGGGUUACCUCUCAGAGGCUGCUGCUUCGCUAGUUGAUAGCAAACUUGGCCUGGGUGUGGUGCCAAAAACCAAGGUGGUGUAUUUGGCCAGUGAGACCUUUCAUUACAGUGCCAUCGACAGAGCCAAAUCCAGAGGGAAGAAGUACGCUUUAGAGAAAGUGCCCAAAGUGGGACGACGCUUCCACAGAGUGGGCCUGCCACCGAAGGUGGGCUCAUUUCAACUGUUCGUGGAGGGUUAUCGUGAGGCUGACCAUUGGCUGAGACACUUUGAGGCAGAGCCUCUGCCAGAGAACAUCAGAAAGCAGCUACAAUCACAAUUUGAGCGGCUGGUGGUGCUGGAUUAUGUAAUCCGAAACACAGAUAGAGGAAACGACAACUGGUUGAUCAAAUAUGAGAAGCCAGGCGAGAGUGAGGCAUCAAAGGAUACAGAAUGGACAAAGAACAGUUCAGAGCCUUGCAUCAAGAUUGCAGCCAUUGACAACGGCCUGGCCUUUCCCUUCAAACACCCUGAUGAAUGGAGAGCCUACCCCUUUCACUGGGCGUGGCUCCCCCAGGCCAAGGUGGCUUUCUCCCAGGAGACCAGAGAACUGGUGUUGUCCCGCCUCUCUGAUAUGAACUUUGUGCAGGACCUCAGUGAGGACCUUUAUGAGAUGUUCAUGGCAGACAAAGGCUUUGACAAGACCAUGUUUGAGAAACAGAUGUCGGUCAUGAGGGGCCAGGUGUUGAAUCUCACCCAGGCACUUAAGGAUGGGAAGAGCCCUCUACAGUUGGUGCAGAUGCCCCGCGUGGUGGUGGAGCGCAGCCGGUCUGGUGGCCAGGGCCGUGUGGUCACCCUGGGCAACGCCUUCACUCAGACUUUCCACUGCAAGAGACCAUUUUUCUCCUCUUGGUAGAGAGGGAACAUCAGCUGCUUUUGUUUUUUUGUUUUGAAGGCAGAAAGUGGGAAAGCAGGGAUUCUUCCUGUAAGUUGUUGAUAUUUAACCGAGUGAGGGAAUGUUUUGAAAGAGAAGUAGGGUUUAGAAUGUUUUUUUUCCCUAAAGCUUGUUCCUAUCUUAAGUGAUGGCAGUGUAUGAUCAAAAUAUGACAGCUGGAGAGGAUGGCAUUCAGUCAGUAUCUCUCAAGACAGAUUGGGGUUAUAUUGGGUUGUCAUGGUUACUUGAUUGGAUAAUUCACGUAAAUGGGGUUUAUUGUUAAUACACGUUUUUUUUUUUCUUUUUGUACAAUUUUUGCAUUCAUUCACAAUUAUACACUAUUCACGGGUUCUAUACCAGUGGUUCAGAUGACUACAAAUAACAGGUACAACACAUCUGUGGUCCACUGUUGUUUGACAUUCGAAUGAAAUAUUGCUCCAUAAAGUGUAUUUCGAGAAGAAAAUCCAAAGUCACUUGGCAUUGUAGGGUACUCACUGAAAUAUGAGAGUUGUAUGAUUAUUUCCACUAAAGUUGAUAAACCCAGUGUUCCUUUCCAAAAUUUGUUGAACAAACACCAACCCAGUGUCUUCAACCAUUAGCGCUACUGCCAAACCCUUGUCUGCAGGAGGACUUUUGUUUAAGCUUGAAUUUAAGACUCGUCGGAAGAGGAGGAGGACCUACAAUAACUAUAUUGCUUGAAUGUAAUGUUUACUGUUUAUGCUCUUGUUCCAAAACAUUUCACAGGGUGUGAAUGUGGUCAAAAACAAUCUCAUAACACUGAAUGUAUUUGUUCUUUGAUGUAUAUUUACAUCACGGCAUGGAGAAUGGCACCCCUGUCACCCCUCUUUGUGACUUAAUAUUUAAAGAAGAAAGUCUGUGCCAUGGAUUUUUUUCUUAUGUAUGCAUCUUGACAUUUGUAUUCCAGUAUAAUGAAUGUAUAAGCAGAGUUGUAUAUUUAACAUCAUAAGAUUUGGAACAUUUAAUUUUGGAAUUUUGUGGCUGUUUUUUUAAUCUUUGCCUCAUCCUUGUCAAAAAGAAAAACAUGAAGACUCCUUUACUGUUCUACAAGGGGAAUUAAAUGUACACUCAAGUGAGACUGCUCUAUGCCCUCACAAAGGGGGUCAUUAGAAGCAGGACAAGAAAUGGAUUGUCUUUACAAUGUGACCUCAAUAAGCAGCAGUCGCCAUCUUUUGGGUACCCGCUUUUGAUGAGCGAAAUAUACUUUUGCCAUUAACUCCUACAGUGCCUUCAACUCAGUAUAUUGUUUAUCUAUUUUCAUUUUGUAACUCUGUUUUUCAUAUAUGUUUAAGUUAAUAUAAAUUUGCUAACCCUUAUAACCUCAAUUUAAAUCCGCAUAACCGUCUAGAUGUUUUUAGACUGGCAUAUUCGGUUUAACAUUUUUUCCAGUUUGAUUAAUAAUUCACUUUAUAACAAAUUAAUAAAACAGAAAUAAUACUGAAAGUAUAUGAUUAUUAUAUAAUACUGACAUAUUUAAACUUUGAGUUCAAUGUGUUCUUAGGCAUUUAUAAAGGUGAAUAUAAAUUAUUAUUAUUAGGCCUAGUAGGAUAUUUUAUCUCGGCAAUAUCAUAAUUGAAGUUGAUGGUUUUAUGAUUACUGAACACUAGGUGGUGCCUCGGAUCAAACAUGAGAUGGAUCAAUUAUUUUCAAAUUGAGUCUUCAUAUAGCCACAGCAAGUGUAUGUGAACAUGGGAUUUUGAAAAUUCAUGUUUGAUCUGCCUGGUAAAAUCUAUAGCAGCCUUGUAAAAUUUAUUUUUAUGUGGGGACACGGAUUUAAAAAUGCUAAAUAAUUUGUCCAUCCAUGUCCAUGUUUCUAAACUUUUAUGUAUUCAAACACAAUUUAUUUUUAUCCAUUAAUGUAAUUAAUAAAUUAAAAUUCACAAAUAAAAUCAAGAGCAGAGUGCAAACUGAAAUGUUAGAUGCGUAUUCUGACUGACUCUUAGGCCUGUCGCCGCCCUCCUGUCAACCACGCCAGUGGUUACUGAUUCUGCGUGGGUGGUGAUAGCGAGCCUGCAGACCUUUAUGCUUUUGAACUCACUUUAAUUAUUGUCAGUGCGUCCCAGCAUCUUCAACAUGAAUCUGCAGCUACUUUUACUUCCAGCAUUCUUUCUCUGUGCCGUCGACCUCACCAGAGCAGUAGACCGUGACAGCUGCCUCCCCCCCUGUCCGAGGCCCAGUUGUGCCGCCUGAUGCGUCCUGGUCAGAUGCAACUGCUGCAUAGUUUGCACACCUGGAGAGGGCGAGGGAGACCCCUGCAGCUGCGACCCACCGGUGCCCUGCAGGGACGGCAUGGUGUGCACGCAACGAGGCUCCAAGGGGGUCUGCCGAUGUAAGGCGGUACAUUGAGUGUGUGGAAGCGACUGGAAAACGUAUGGGAAUGUUUGCAAGAUGAGAGCAGCCAACCGCAAAAAAAAACCUGGGAAACCUGCAGUUCGACAAGUGCACAAACAACCGUGUGCCCCUUCAAGUACAGGUGCUAUAGCAGCAAGCCGUUUGAGUUUUAUUAGUUAUCCCACGAGUGCACUGAAUUGUUCAUGCACUAGUACACUCUUGAAGACAUUCAGCCCGCAGUAGAACGAACGGGGCGCACUAGUACUGAAGUCUCCCCCUCCACUACUGUGUAACAUUUUUGUGCACUAUAGAGCACGUGAGAGAAAAUUGC